AUGUGUCUGGAGGUUCGCAGGACGAACGGUGCCUGCAACGUGGCCCAUAAAAACAUCCGGGAGCAGGGGCGCUUCCUCCAGGACGUCUUCACCACCUUGGUGGACCUCAAGUGGCCCCACACGCUGCUCAUCUUCACCAUGUCUUUCCUCUGCAGUUGGCUGCUCUUCGGCAUGGUCUGGUGGCUCAUCGCCUUCGCCCACGGGGACCUGGACCACAGCACCCGGCUGCAGCGCGAUCCCGGGGAGGGGGCGGCCGGCGCCCCGGCCGGCUUUGUGCCCUGCGUGACCAGCAUUCACUCCUUCACCUCCGCCUUCCUCUUCUCCAUCGAGGUGCAGGUGACGAUCGGCUUCGGGGGACGCAUGGUGACGGAGGAGUGCCCGGCUGCCAUCCUGGUGCUGAUCGUGCAGAACAUCGUGGGGCUGGUGAUCAACGCCAUCAUGCUGGGCUGCAUCUUCAUGAAGACCUCGCAGGCCCACCGCCGGGCCGAGACCCUCAUCUUCAGCAAGCAUGCGGUCAUCGCCCUGCGGGAGGGCAAGCUCUGCUUCAUGCUGCGGGUGGGCGACCUCCGGAAGAGCAUGAUCAUCAGCGCCACCAUCCGCAUGCAGGUGGUGAAGAAGACCGCCAGCCUGGAGGGGGAGGUGGUGCCCCUCAACCAGAUUGACAUCCAGAUGGAGAACCCCGUGGGGGGCAACAGCAUCUUCCUCGUCUCCCCGCUCAUCAUCUACCAUGUGAUAGACAAGAACAGCCCCCUCUACGACAUCUCACCCCUGAACCUUCACCACCAUGAGGACCUGGAGAUCAUCGUCAUCUUGGAAGGGGUGGUGGAGACCACCGGCAUCACCACUCAAGCCAGAACCUCCUACCUGGCGGAUGAAAUCCUUUGGGGCCAAAGGUUUGUGCCCAUCGUGGCAGAGGAAGAUGGGCAAUACUCUGUGGACUACUCUAAAUUUGGCAACACAGUGAAAGUGCCCACCCCUUCGUGCACUGCUAGGCAGCUGGAGGAGGACAGGAGCAUUAUGGACACCAUGCCGUUGUCCCCUAAAGGCACAAUAAGGAAGAGGUCUGUCAAGCUAAAGCCCAAGUUUACCAUAAGCGGUGAGCCUUCCUGAUGCCUUUUGACUGGGAAACUCUGUUAGGGCUUUGUGUCUGAAAGAUCUCAUAAACUCAAAACACUGAGGUGGCCUCUUACUUUUUUUAAAAUUCAGGUUGGUAGCACAAGGUAUGUUCUGGUGUUAUUUAUUGUGUGAGAAGUCUAAAGUUAAUUCUAUUUUUUUAAAGGUGUGAGAGGUUUUAAGCAGCACUGGCAGUAGGAAAAUCAUGCUCUACGGCUUUAAAUUUCAAUUCAGACUGUCAUAUUUAAUUGCACGAUCAUGUUGCAUUGAUUCAUCUGCAGGUAAUAACAUAUUUUCUCAAAAAAAUAAAUGUAUAUUUAUCCUCAGAGAUUGCAGUACGUAGGGUCUUGCAGUGUCCUAAAGUCAGUAGUUUUUAACUGGUUUUUUUUCUAACUUGAAUGAUCAAUAUAGCAAAAUAAAAUAUUAAUAAUUAAGUAGGCUGGAUUAACAUGAUAACAAAAAGGUCAGGCAAUGUUAGUAUGACACGAGAUCAGAUCUGGAGGUGUCUGUGUAUUAUGCUCUGUAUCUCAAAGAAAUUAACUGCCAGAUUUGCCUCAUCUGUAUUGUAUUGUAUGAAGCCAGUCCUACCACAUGCAAUACGAAAUGUAUUUGAAUAUUUACUUUUGUUUAUUUUGAAACCCUUUACACUUCCAAAAUAAAACAUUCAGGAAUA